AUGUCACCAUUCAAAGCAUUGUAUGGUUAUCAACCACCUCAUUUAGUUUUUCAAAUUCCUACUCCUACUUCUGUGACUACUGUUGAAGACUACUUUCAAGAGAGAGAUGUUAUGCUUCAAUUACUCAAGAAUGAUUUUUCUAAAGCUCAGAGCAGAAUGAAUUUCUUCGCAGACAAAAAGCGGUCAGACAGGGAAUUUUCUGUUGGUGAUAUGGUAUUUUUGAAACUUCAUCCCUAUAGACAGACUUCAGUUGCCAUUAGGAAGAACUUCAAUCUUUCAUCUAAGUAUUUUGGGCCAUUUGAGAUUCUUCAGCGCAUUGGUGCUGUUGCUUACAAGUUGAAACUGCCAGUGGGUUCUCGCAUUCAUCCCAUAUUUCAUGUCUCACAGUUCAAGAGGAAAAUUGGUCUUACUGCAGCAACCUUGCCACAACUGCCUCUUGUUGAUCACAAUGGACAUUUUGUCAUUGAGCCAGAAGCCAUCUUACAUCACAGAUUGACACUCCGUGGUGGCUUAUCAAUACCCCAACUUUUAAUUCAGUGGUCUAACUCUACGUCUGAGGAUGCAACAUGGGAGGACACAACACACAUACAAGAUCAAUUUCCUGAUUUCAUCCUUGAGGGCAAGGAUGCUUAA